AUGUUCCAUGAAAACGGGAAUGGGGAAAUGGGUUUAUCUGGAAUUCCCUUGGGAACAAAGAACAGGUACUUGAGGAUGAAUUCCCAGGUUCCUGAUGAUAACGAUGAUGCUUUGCACCAACAACAACAAUUGGAAGAUAAGAGGAACACUACUAGGAAAUAUGUUAUCGCAUGUGCCAUCUUUGCUUCUCUCAACAAUGUUCUUCUAGGUUACGAUGUAGGUGUGAUGAGUGGUGCAGUUAUAUUUAUAAAAGAAGAUCUAAAGAUAACUGAGGUACAGGUGGAAUUUUUGAUUGGUAUUCUUAGCUUUGUUUCUCUAUUGGGUAGUUUGGGUGGUGGAAGAACAUCAGAUAUUAUUGGUAGAAAAUGGACAAUGGCUUUGGCUGCGGUUGUCUUCCAAAUAGGUGGAAUUACAAUGACUUUAGCUCCUUCCUAUCAAGUACUCAUGAUUGGAAGAUUAUUUGCUGGAAUUGGAAUUGGCUUUGGAGUUAUGAUCUCACCUAUAUAUAUUGCUGAGAUAUCGCCAAAUCUCACUAGAGGCUCUCUUACUGCUUUUCCAGAGAUUUUUAUUAAUGUAGGAAUUAUGCUUGGUUAUGUAUCCAAUUAUGCGUUUUCUGGUCUUUCCGUACAUAUAAGUUGGAGAGUAAUGCUCGCGGUUGGAAUUUUGCCUUCGGUGUUUAUUGGCUUUGCUCUUUUCAUUAUUCCCGAGUCACCGAGGUGGUUGGUAAUGCAGAACCGAAUUGAAGAAGCAAGAUCGGUGUUGUUGAAAACGAACGAAGACGAGAAAGAAGUGGAAGAGAGGCUAGCAGAGAUACAACAGGCUGCUGGUUUUGCCAAUUCUGGUAAAUAUGAGAACAAACCUGUUUGGCGUGAAUUGAUGUUUCCUCCUCCCGCGCUUCGCUGGAUGCUGAUUACAGGUCUUGGAAUUCAGUGUUUUCAACAGAUAUCAGGAAUUGAUGCAACUGUCUAUUACAGUCCAGAAAUUUUCCAAGCAACUGGGAUUGAAGAUAAAAAAAAACUUCUAGCUGCUACGGUUGCUGUAGGUAUAUCAAAGACUGUUUUUAUUUUGGUGGCCAUUGUUCUGAUUGAUAAAGUUGGUAGAAAACCUCUUCUCAUUACAAGCACAAUUGGGAUGACAGUUUGUUUGUUCUGUAUGGGAGCUACUCUUUCAUUUUUUGAAAAAGGGCCGUUAGUGAUUGGAUUGGGUAUUCUUUUUGUUUGCGGAAAUGUUGCAUUCUUUUCAAUUGGACUUGGCCCUGUGUGCUGGGUUUUGACAUCUGAAAUCUUCCCUUUACGUGUGCGUGCUCAAGCAUCCGCACUUGGAGCUGUGGCUAAUAGGGUCUGCAGUGGACUUGUUGCCAUGUCUUUCCUAUCUGUAUCUGGAAAAAUUUCUUUUGCUGGAACGUUCUUUCUGUUUUCCGCUAUUUCUUCCCUUGCCAUUGUUUUUGUUUUCACAAUAGUACCUGAAACCAAAGGGAAGUCUUUGGAACAGAUAGAGAUGAUGUUUCAAAAUGAACACGAGAGUCAAGUAAAAGAAAUGGAGCUAGGUGAUGUUGAACAACUUGUGCAGAACAAAACUGGUUUAACAAAUUAG